CCGGAUAUUACUUAAGUGCCAUCUGCUCGUGAGAUUGCACCUGGCAAUUUUUCGAUUUAUUAAUAAAGAACGGUAGUGUUGGGUAGUAUAGUUGCGUUGUUGAAUCACGAAACUGCAAAAUCGAAAAAAUUUCUGUAUUUUUUUGUCAAUUAAAGGAGUUCACACGACUUCUGAAUCACGAGAAAUAAGAGAAUUAUUUGGGAAGAACGAAAACUAAUCUUGGAAUCAUGGAUGACGUUUUGGAUGAGGUCGUCUCUACUGAAGAUUUAAUGAAAUUCGAGCGAACCUAUCAUGAACAAUUACAGACUGGAAAUGUAACACAAAAGGUCCAGUUUGAAUAUGCCUGGUGCCUCGUACGUAGCAAAUAUCCUGCAGAUAUCCGGAAAGGGAUUAUAUUGUUGGAAGACCUUUACAAUAAUCAUGGAGACAACGAAAGGCGUGAUUGCUUAUAUUAUCUUGCAAUUGGGAAUGCACGACUAAAAGAAUUCUCAAAAGCUCUCAGCUAUGUAAGAUCAUUUUUGCAAAUUGAACCAGGUAAUCAGCAAGUUCUGCAUCUUGAGACUCUGAUCACAAAGAAAAUGGAGAAAGAUAGUCUUGUAGGCAUCGCAAUGGCAAGUGGGGUAAUUAUUGGCAUAGCCAGUAUUCUUGGUCUGGGCAUUGCAAUGGCCAGAAAAUCCUAGUGCCGAAUGAAAGAUUACAGUAGCAGCUAAGCAGUUACCAGGAUGUAAGAUGUGAUCGCAACGAUAAUCGGUAAUAAAAUAAAUCAUCGUGAAGAAGUAUCGUAAAAUGAUGUGAAAAGUAAUGAGGUUUCUUUUUUCCUUUGAAAAAGGGUAAAAAAGAUAUAUGCAGGUAACAAGAGAGGAGAUCAUAGUGUACCAGUAUAGCUCCAACAAUGUUUUUAACAGAAGAAACCAAACUGGGAAUGAAGAUAAAAAAUUCGAAAAAAAAUUUGGGAAAUUAAGCUAAUGAAACCAAAGAAACCCUAUGCAACCAAAGAAAAUACUCUUUGCUCUACGAUAUAUCUAUAUAAAGUUUAUAUUAGAAAACGUAAAUGGCAUAAUAUUGCAUAUAUAAAUGUACGCGGCUUUGUGUACUGCGUUUUCUUUGUUUUUUUCAGUUUUCCUUCCGAUUUCGUUUUACCUGUUAUGUUAAUCUCACAGAGUGUCGGUUUUUCAUUUAAUUGUGCAAGACUGUUGAAGAUUUUCUUAUUGUAAUGUUCAUCGAAUUCCCAAUUUUCCUAUCUACUUUCAUAUAUUUUUUUUUUUCAAUUUUUUGUCUAACAUUCCAAAAUGUGUGCAGUGACUCCGUUUUUGUUCUUUCUCAAAAUUUUCUUAAGAUGAAUGGUAGAUAAAUAGAUUUCAAUCGAUAUCAUUCAUUCUAGUUUAUUUUUGUUUUUAUUUUAUGUUGUCUUGCUGUAGUUCACAGGACCUCAGUUUGUUAUAACGUUAAGCCACUUGCACGUCGCAUCUUUACAUGAGCUUAUUGUUAGUACAUUUGUAUAUAAAAGUGGUAAAAGCAUGAGAGGAAAUAAAACGAAGCUAAGAAUAUUUAUGUAAAA